AUGGACGUUGGUUGUGUCGGAAAGAGUGCUAAAGCGCAAUCGAAAAAUGCUGCGGUACCAUUCCCAUCUUGGGUUGUGAAAUUGUCCCAGUGUCAUCCUCGCUCAUUCCCGGAAUCGGUGAUGCGACGUGGUGAAAUGGUUAUUCCGCUGCAAUAUGGUACCAACAAAUGUGCAUCCCAGAAAGGUAUGACACCGUAUGGACUGACAAGGCAAAUUAAACCCGAAGGCUGA